UUAAAGAAAAUUUUAGCUUAAGUUAUUAAGAAAACUAAGGAAAAUUUUAUAAAAAUUAUGAUUUUUUUUCAUUUAUAGGAAAACAUGUAAAAAAGAUUUAGGAUUUUAAAAAUUAACAUGUUUUUUUCCUUGAGUAAAAUGCUUAAAAGAAAAGACAGCCAUUUUGUUUCAUUAUUAAUACUUAUUUUUUUAGUACAAACACGUAGUACUCUUUGUAGCUCCCUUUUUCAUAUUUGUUUAACUAUAGCUUAUACUUUCUUACACACUUCAAAACAAUGCAUUUAGUACGAAAGAGAGAAAGAGAUAGAUAGUUUAGUAAAAAGAUUUUCAUACCCUAUUUUACUCGUGAGUAAUUUCGAAAAAUAAAAUGUAUAUUUGAUGAAAACCCGCGUUCUUUCGGUCGGGUGCGCGUUCGUUGUGCAGAAAAUUUUUAAUAAAAUAGUGUAAAAAUUGUUUAAAGAAAUAAAAAUUUUAUAAAAAUCAAUACUUUAAAAGUUUUAGUCAUAGUUAAACCAAGAAAUAAGCUUGUGCGUGUGAAAUUUUGUAAAAGAUUCCAUAAAAUAUAAUUUAAAAAAAAAGAAAUAUAAAAAAAGCAUUUUGUUAUUAUUGUAAAUAUACAGAGAAAGAAAUACAAGGCAUGUCUGCUGCUUGCUUGACAUCAUAAAAUAUAAGAAUAUAUAAUAUUAGAAAUAACAUCUCAUCAUCUCAAUGAAAAUAUAAAGUAUUAAUCUUAUCCUAUAAUAUAUAAACAACAACAAAAAAAUAUAGAGAAGAAAAGCCUACUACUCAUCCUCAAAAAAGGAUUUAACUAAACCCAAACAUCUGUAACCAAUAACAUAGAAAACCCAGACAUUUUGGAUAAUACAACAAAAGAAAAAAUAAAACAACAACAACUACUAUAUACAUUUUUAAUGUAUAACAUCCACAACAAUUACAAAACUACCUUUUUUAACAUUGACGUCUCCAGAGUGAAUGCUUCAGAAUUAUAUACCUAUACAUAUAUUGUAAUAAUUACACAUUAAUAUAAGUUAAAAACAAAAAAACAGAAACUCCCAAAAGACUUUUAACAAAAAACAAUCUCCAAUAAAUUUGUAAUUUUACAAGAAAAAUAGCAAAUAACAAAUCUACAACAACAGCAAAUUUGGUGUAAAUAUUUUACAAAUAAUUGUUUGUUAUACUAUAAUUACAAAGUAAAACAACAAUCACAACAACAGCAACAAAAAUGUUUACAAUUCUAAGCUGACUUUAAAUACUAUUUGCUGUAAAUGUAUUGAUUAUUUUUGCCCUAAAAUGCGGCCUACAACAGCAACCGUCAAACAAUUACAGCAGCAGUAUAUGGCCACAAAUCAUCUUACUACUAUAGAUAUGUACAGCAUUAUAUAUAAACUACUCUAUCAAAACUCCAGACUACAGAAAAGGAUUUGAAACUUAACACAAAACCAACCAAACAAACAAACAAUCAACAAACAACAAAAAUAAAGUGUUGUUGGCUUUUAUAACUACAACGCAAACAAUUGUUAUUAUUAUUAUAAUUAAUUUCAUUUUAAUUUUUUUUGUUACAACAACAACUGCUAAAUGUUAAAUAAGUGAGAGUGAUCAAAAAAACACUAAAAUUUCCCUUCCUUAGAGACACAGCACGACACGAGAGUGUGGUUAUAAAGAAAAAAGAAGGGAGAAGUGAUCCAAAAGAAAAGAGAAAAGUAAAAAACCUUAAACGUUAAGAAAAAAACUCUUUAUGAGAGUUUAAAGUUUAAUGUAAAAACUUAUUCUCUUUCUUAAAAAAAAAAAGAAUUCUCCUUUCAAAGUUUACACAAAAGAAAAACAAACAAUAAAAAGACAUUUUGUAAAAGCUUUACAAAACUGUUAAAACUUCCCACUUAAUUUUCAAAAUAAAACAAAACAAAAACAGCAAAUUACAAAAAAAAAGUAGUGAACAGUUUAAUUCUUAAACAAAAUAUUGUUAAAAUCCUCCCCUACUUGAAAGCCAGCAGCUCCUUGCUGUAAAAAAAUUUUAAAUAAAAUUAAGCACAAUUAACAUAUUUUGUAUAUAAAAUUACAAAAACAAUAAAUUUAAAACAUACCUCAAGGUUGGUGUUUGUGCACAAAACUAACCUUAAAACCAAUAAAAAAAACUAAAAACUAAAGGAGUGUUAAGUUUGUAAGGGAGGAAAGGAAAUAACAACAACAAUAAUAAUACAUACAAACUGGAUUGUUUAAUUUAAACGAAAAAACAAACUGCAAAAUGUCGCAAGAACCACCGCCACGUAAUGAACCCUAUGUGGAGCCAGUUAAUGGCAUUGUUCAGCCACCAACUGUACCACCACCCGAUCGACCGGGACGCAAUACAAAUCAAUUACAGUAUCUCAUUAAGACGGUUAUGAAAGCCGUCUGGAAGCAUCAUUUUUCUUGGCCAUUCCAACAACCGGUCGAUGCCAAAAAACUCAACCUGCCCGACUAUCAUAAGAUCAUUAAACAACCCAUGGAUUUGGGUACGGUUAAGAAACGGCUAGAGAACAAUUACUAUUGGACGGCUAAAGAAGCUAUACAGGAUUUAAAUAUAAUGUUCUCAAAUUGUUAUGUUUACAAUAAGCCCGGCGAGGAUGUGGUGGUUAUGGCACAAACUUUGGAAAAAGUAUUUCUACAGAAAUUGGAAGCCAUGCCUAAGGAGGAAAUCGAAUUGGAACCGGUGACGCCGAAAGGUGGUGGUAAAAAGAAACCACGUUCGGGUCCCAAACCUCCUGCCUCGGCCAAUGCAUCACUAUUAACUGCACCCACCACGCCUGCCAGUUCUGGACGUGGUGCUGGAGCUGUUGCAGCCAGCGCUGCACGACCCCUUUCCGCUAUGGGUGGCACUGUCUCGUCCUCCGGUGGUACACCCGCCUCCACACCCGGCAUACCACCGAUCGCCACCGUGGCACCACAAACUGUACCCGGCAGUACGAAUACAACAACAACGGCUCUAGCAACCGGAGCUCCCAGUACCUUACUACCUGGAGCCAGUAUACUACCACCGGGCGGUGUGGCUACUCAUGUGUCUUUAGUGGGCUCUGCUGCAGGUGCAGCAGCUGGUGUUGGCGCAGGCGCAGCCGGAGUCAAUUCAACGCUGCUCGAUGGCAGUGUUACAGCUGCGGGUGGUGGUGGUGCCAAUCCUGCUGCUUUGGCAACUGCUGCGGCUACCGUACCUGCGUAUCAUGUGAAUAGUACAGCGGCCGGUGUGGACGCCGUUAUACCUCCUCAGCAACCGGCUAAAAUGAAAAAAGGUGUUAAAAGAAAGGCUGACACUACGACACCUACUGCAAAUGCAUUUGAAUCACCGUAUGCACAAAUCGACUCAAAGAGUGCGAAAAUCGCAACGAGGCGUGAGUCCAAUCGACAGGUAGGCAAAAAGGACACCGGCUAUCCUAUGUCACCUAUGGGUGUGGGUGGAGUGCCUGGUGCAGCUGGUGGUGCCGGCGGUGUACCGGGCUCUGCCAAAUCCAAGGAAAAACUAUCAGAUGCCUUGAAAUCCUGCAAUGAAAUCCUUAAAGAACUUUUUUCCAAAAAACAUUCAGGCUAUGCUUGGCCCUUCUAUAAGCCUGUCGAUGCCGAACUAUUGGGUUUGCAUGACUACCACGACAUUAUUAAAAAGCCCAUGGAUUUGGGUACCGUCAAACGGAAAAUGGACAAUCGCGAGUAUAAGAGUGCACCCGAGUUUGCCGCCGAUGUGCGAUUAAUAUUCACCAACUGCUAUAAAUACAACCCGCCAGAUCAUGAUGUCGUUGCUAUGGGCCGCAAACUACAGGAUGUCUUCGAAAUGCGUUAUGCUAAUAUACCCGAUGAACCGGUGGCGAAUGCCCAUGCAGCAGCGGUUGCUGCGGCGGCAGCCCAUCACGGCUAUGGUAAGCAUGAUGGUUCUGAUUCCUCCUCAGACGAGUCAUCGGAUAGUGAAAACGAAUCGAAUUCGGAUGAAGAGCGUAAUGCGAAACUGAAGAUGUUGGAGACGAAAUUGCUCGAUUUGCAAGAGGAAAUGCGUAAACUAAUGGAAGAAGCCUCGAAUAAGAAGAAGGCCAAGAAGAAAAUGAAGGAAAAGAAAAAGGCUGCUGCCAGUGGUGGAGCAUUGGGAGCCGGUGGCAUAGUGCCGGCGGCAGCAGUUGGUUCAUUGGUACCUGGCGGCGCCGGCGUCGCCACAGGUGUUGCUAACACUAUGCACGGGCAUGAGAUUGCCUCGGCUAUAUCGAUGGGCCAGAUAAGUACGGGUGGUAAGGGUGCUACCAUGGGACCGGGUGGUUUAACAGCGGGUCCCGCAACAGCGGCCGCUGGUGGUAAAGGUGCUAAGAGUAAGGGUCAACGGGGACCCAAAGCAGCAAAUGCUAGCGGUGUGGGGCCAGCAGCAACGACAGCGGCCACAAAACGUACCAAAGGCAGUGCAUCAGCUGCUGGAGGUGGUGGUGCUGGUUCGGGAGCUGGUGCCAGAGGUGCCAAUAAAAAGAAACCCACCAGCCAGGCCAUGGUCUUCGAUUCGGAGGAGGAAGAUACGGCCAAACCCAUGUCAUACGAUGAAAAGAGACAAUUGUCUUUGGAUAUAAAUAAACUGCCGGGUGAUAAAUUAGGACGCGUUGUACACAUUAUACAAAAUCGAGAACCAUCGCUGCGCGACUCUAAUCCAGAUGAAAUUGAAAUUGAUUUCGAAACAUUGAAACCCUCAACAUUGCGUGAACUUGAAAGCUAUGUGGCCUCUUGUCUACGCAAAAAAACCCGUAAGCCUUACUGUAAGUUUAUCCCAAUGACACGCACUACUCAAGCAAUACAUGAACAACAACAACAACUUCGUAAAGAACAACAACAGCAGCAACUUUUAAGAGACGAAUCAUCGAAUAAAGUUGAAGCUGUUCAACCCGCAAAUCGCCCAUCAUCUAGUUCUAGUUCUAGCGAUUCAUCCUCGUCCAGUUCAAGCGAUAGUAGUUCUAGCGAUUCAAGUGACAGUGAAGCAGGCGAUGCUGAGGGUCCACCGAAAAAGAAAAAAACCCGCGACUCAAAUGGUAGCAAUGUAAAUAAUUUAAUAACAACGCCCACAAGUGUAACUGGUAGUGGUGGUAUGACCACAACAACUGCUUCAGCAGCGGGAGCCACAUCAACAGCAGCAGCAACAGUUAAUACUGUACCAUCGCUAAAUUUAACUGCUAAUGCUACAGUACAAGGAGCAGCAGCAACAACUAUACCACCGACAUUAACCUCACAACAACAGUUAGCAGCAGCCGCAGGUGUAAAUAGUCAGUCAACAAGUGAUUUAUUAGGAACACUUGCUGGCAAUAAUACGAAUACCAACAGCAACAGUAAUCUAACAAAUGAACCUCCUCUAGCGGCAGCAACAGCAGUAAGAUCAUCAUCAUCACAACAACAACAACAAUCAAGAAGCCAAUCAAGAUCAUUGCAACAAGUGACAGAAAUGUUAAGAGUUGUAACUCCAACGUCUGCAGCUAAUAAUAGCAAUACUUUAGAUGCAGCAGCAGCUUUAAAUAACAAUAACAACAAUCCAAAUAAAACACCUUCAGCAACGCCUACUUCACAAACAACACCAACCACCGUUCCAAUUCCAGUAACCGCCAGUUCUGGUGGCACAACACUAACACCGUUUAGUAGUGCCACCGGUGUUGGUUCUGUGAUUGGUGGUGGUAUGGGUGUUGUUGGUGGAGCUAGUACUGGUGACAGCACUAAUGGACCAAGUGACUUGACAAUGCCACCAAAUUCUGCUGUCGGUGUGAAUGCAACCGCCGCUGCUACAGCUCUUACCACGGCCUUAAGUGGUGGAGGAAGUAUGGGCGGUGUUGGCAAUAAUAAUAGUGGUGGUGUUGCUGCCUCAACCGUGGCGAGUACCGCUGGUGGAGCCAGUGCUACGACCAGCACGAGCAGCAGCAGCAACAGCACAAAUAUUAGUAGUGUUGUUGGGGGCGGUGGUGGCAUACGCAUCGCUAGUAAUUUACACAAACUGCCUAACGAAGUGGCUGAUACGCCCGCCAGCAUUGGCGGAGCAGCAGCCACCUCACAGGUAACGACCACAGCCUCCUUGGCUGCAGGACUUAAACAAAUUCCACAAUUUGAUGACCCUGUUGAACAGUCGCUUGCUUCAUUGGAACAGCCGUCUCUGUUGGCUCCGCCACCAACCAGUAAAAGCGCUGCUGAUAAUUUUCUAAUGGCUGCUGCUGGUAUUAAUGCUGCUCAUUUAAUGCAACAGCAAACUACACAACAGCAACAACAGCAGCAGGUGUUUGAGAGCAGCCAGCAGGCUCAAGCCAGUCAUGCCAACAACCAGCAUCAUGUGGAAUUCAUGAAUGAAUUGUUGUCGAAAGGUGCCGCCGCUGCCGAGAAUGUGUCCGGCAUGAAUGGCAAUCACUUCCCUUUAAUGCAGUUCGGUUUGAUGGAGGGUCUCAACUCCAUGAUGCAGCAGCAAUUUCAACAGGCUGUGCAACAUCAGCAUGCGCACAACAAUGGCUACAAUAUGGCCGAUGUAGCAUCCAAUGCCUUAGAUAGUUUGGGCUUGGGUCUGGGUCUGCCACAUGGCGCUGGAGCGGGUGGUUCUUCGAUAUUUGAUCAGCUGCCGGGACGCAAUGAUAAUCAUUUGCUGGCCAUGAUGAUGAGUAGCGGAGCAGCUGGUUUACCAGGCAAUUUAUCUUUAGGCGGUCCCCCAGCUGGUGGGCCCUCAGUAGGCGGUAAGAAAGAUUCAAAUACGAAUAGUGUGCUGGGUCAUCUCGAUCCAGCGCUACAGUCUUGCAAUAAACUGCUUAUUACGCCAAAACCCAUAGAAUCCAUGAUGCCUAGUCCGCCCGACAAGAGACCGCAACAGUCACAACAACAACAGCAGCAGCAACAGUCAUCGGGCGUGCCACCUCCCCAACAAUCGCCCUCCGAUUUGAAAAUACCCUCCACAGCCGGCAUGUCCGCUGGCGUUGGCGGCGGUAAUCAAGCCAAUUUUGCACAAGCAUUCAAAACCCAUGAACAAAAUGUUAAAAAUCCCAGUUCGUGGUCUAUACUCGCCUCGGCGGGUUCACCACAAAACACCCCCACUUCGAACAAAACCAAACCUGCCAUGGACUCAUUCCAGCAAUUCCGUAAUAAAGCCAAAGAAAAGGCCGAUCGCCAAAAGCAGCUGGAGGCCGCCGAAAAGGAAAAAGAACAAAAACGACAAAAAGAAGCGGCCGAAAAGGAGCAGCAACGUAAACAGCAUCAUUCUAAAUCAUCGCAUAUGGUUGGGGUGGGCGGCGGUUCAAAUUCCAGCAGUAGUGGUGGUAAUGGUAAUGGCAGUACGGGUGUUAAUAGUUUAGCCUCACAGCUAAGUGCCACACAUCAUCAAUCGGUAUCGGCUGCAGCGGCGGGUGUACAACCGCCUCAUGCUCAUGGCGGCAGUAGCAGUACGGCUCAUUUGGCAGCCUCCAUAAUGGAUGUUAUGGAAAGUGGGAGAAAAAGUGUACAUGACAUUCAACCUUCGUUGUCGCGGGUAGUUGACGAUUUAAAGGCUUCACCCCAGGGCAGUGGUUCACCAGCUGGUGCUGCUCAACAAUCACCACAAGAUCGUGCUGCUGCUAAGCGCGCGGAGUUAAGACGCAUGGAACAAGAACGUAGAAGACGAGAGGCGGUAAGUUUUAAAAUUAAGAAAAUUCGAAACUCUGAAUAGUUCUAAUUCCUAGUU